AUGAAUGCUUUAUAUAAUCAUGCCGUUAAACAAAGAAAUCAACUACUGAAUGACUUAAACAAAUUUGAAUCUGAUCUAUUAAGCUCUUCUGUGUCUCUACAAGGUUCAAUAUCUGCUACUUUAGUAUCCUUUGAUAGAACUCUCAAACAAUUAGAUGAUUAUAUAUCUAAAAAUAGUAAUAUUAAUACUAAUACUAAUACUAAUAAUAAUCAUGAUGAUAAAAUUUCAAAAUUUAAAAUUAAAUUAGAUGAUUUAAAAAUUGAAAAUAAAAAAUAUCAAAAUAAAUUCAAAGAAUUAAAAACACAAUAUAACAAAUCUCAGUUAUUUGGUUCAGUAAAUAAUAAUAAUAAUAACAACAACAACAACAAUAAUAAUACAAGUAGUACUAAUACAAGCAGCAGUAGUAGUGAAAAUCCAUUUAAUGAUGAUAAUUAUUUAAAUAAAAGAAAUGUUUUGAACAAUAAUAAUAAAAAUAGUAGUAAUAACAAUACUAGUAAUAACAUAGGAACUAACUAUGAUAAAAAAAACCUAUUACCAUCUUUUUAUGAAAAUAUACAAAAAGAACAUUCGAUAUUUUCUCGUGGUAAUGCCCAACUAGAUUUAAUACUUGAAAUGGGUAAUAAUUCUUUACAAGAUUUAAUGGAUCAGAAUGCUAUCUUAAAUAAUAUUCAAGAUAAAAUGAAUAAAACUUUAAAAACCUUAAAUGUAAGUCAAUCGACUAUAGAUCAAAUUAACAAAAGAUUAUUUAAAGAUAAAUUGAUCUUUUGGAUUGGCUUAUUAUUGCUAUUUAUUGGAAUGUAUUAUGUAUUAAAACUCUUUAAAUAA